AAGGCACUAAUCAGUAAUCACUAUAUUUCUUCUUCUCCCGUCUCCUCCUCCUUUCAAAGGUGUGACGCAGCGAUCUCUCAAACUAAUUGCGGCGUCUCAACUCUCAACCCGACUCUUUUUCUCUCUCUUCUGACCUCAUUCGACUAGUUUUCGUUAUGUCUUACGAUUAUCUCUUCAAAUACAUAAUCAUCGGAGAUACAGGUGUUGGAAAAUCAUGUUUGCUGUUGCAAUUUACGGAUAAGAGAUUUCAACCAGUUCACGAUCUCACAAUUGGCGUUGAAUUUGGUGCUCGUAUGAUUACUAUUGACGGAAAACCAAUUAAGCUUCAGAUUUGGGAUACUGCUGGCCAAGAAUCCUUCAGAUCUAUCACUAGAUCAUACUACAGAGGAGCAGCUGGGGCACUUCUUGUUUAUGAUAUAACAAGAAGAGAGACGUUCAACCAUCUGGCAAGCUGGCUCGAGGAUGCCAGGCAGCAUGCAAAUCCCAACAUGUCAAUCAUGCUUGUAGCAAAUAAAUGUGAUCUUGCACAUAGAAGGGCUGUAAGUAAGGAGGAAGGUGAGCAAUUUGCAAAGGAGCAUGGUCUGUUAUUCUUAGAGGCAUCUGCGAGAACUGCACAAAAUGUCGAGGAGGCGUUUGUGAAGACUGCAGGGAAGAUACUUCAGAAGAUCCAAGAAGGUGUUUUUGAUGUGUCUAAUGAGACAUCUGGUAUUAAGGUUGGUUAUGGACGACCAUCAAGCACAGCAGGGGGAAGAGACGGUGCAGUUGCUCAAUCAGGUGGAUGUUGUAGCUGAGGCAAGCUAGAAAAUUGCGUUUUGCAUUUCCUUGGUGAAUCUCGUAAAUUCCGUACUGUCAAUCUACUUCUCGGCGUAAAUGUACAGAUUAUGUAACAUUUGAUAUUAGAAAUGAUUGAGCAUAUUCACCAGCUCCUUACGAGAUGCUUGAACAUUGUGAGUUGUGACGUUGCUUGGUUCUGUAUAUAUUUACCAUCAUUUAACUUCGUAAAUCUGAGGAAUUCGAUUCAUUA